CUUUAACGGUUGCAAACGGUUGAAAACAAUACGUUGAAAAGCUGUUUUAAACGCAACAACAAGUCGUUAGAUAUAACCGUUAAGUUUUGACGAGUUACCCCGAAAGUUAAUGAUUGUGUAGCCAGCUGUUAAUUUAUUGCUAACUUUAAUCAUUUGAUCGUCAGCGUUACUUGAAUCACACGUUGAGCUCGACACAUUUUUGUGUGCGUGUGUAAAACGUGGAUAAAGUGAUCAGAUAGUAUUGAACAGAUCGUGGUGACACAUGUCUCUUUUGACCAUAAACACCAGAGGAGGCAGAGAAAUGAGCCUGCCGAGCCACACACAGCCUCAUCAUCACCUCUGAUGUUACCCAAUCCAUAUGCGACAGACCGGAGUUCAAGAGGGAGUCGGUCAGGUCUGAGCCCAAAGCGGAAUCCAUCAAAUAUCAAUGGAGUGCCAGUAGGAAAAGGUGGAGAUGUGCCAAGAAGUCAUGGCUACAGCAGCAGCCGUCGUGCUGCCAGAGACACCAGUGGUGAUCUCCAACAGAGAGACAAGUCCAUACGAGAUCAACAAGCAAAGACAUCAAAAAACAACAACGACUCUCUUGCUCAAGGCAGAACAACGGGCAAGAACUCAAUGGAUGUACAGAAAAGAGGUUUCAGAGGCGCCAGAUCUGCCACGAACUCUGCAGGGAGGACUAAACCAGCACAGACAGACUUGGUCCCAUUUGAAGUGAAGAUGGCAGAUUUCCCAGAGUUGGCUGGUGUCUCGUUGGGUAGAGCAGGCCCUCCGCUUGUUCAGAAAGAGUGCUGGGGGCCAAAUCCUCCAUCUGUGAGCCCUCAGACUCAGAAAUCGGUAUCUCCCUGGAAGACUGGUAGGAGAGGAUCUCCAACACAGCCUGACCCCCAACAAAGUGCCACUGAUGCUAAGCCAGACUCCUCUGCUGUCCCACCAGGUCAGCCUGUGGUGACUUCCUGGGCUAACGUCGCCUCUCAGCCUCCGAAGAAACCUGUCACUAAGGAGGCGACAAACAGCAGCAACCACAUGCAGACAGAGGACAUGGCUGCACAACAGGAAGAGGGAGCCUCAGGGAAGAAGAAACGUAAGAAAAAGAAGAAGAAAGCUAAAGGUGCUGGUGAAGAUGUGGAAGCUGAGUCAGAAGAGCCAGCAGUUUAUCAGGAGCCUCCAAAGUUUGAGGAUGAAGAGGAGUUCCCAGGCUUGUCUCUUGCUUCGACUGGGACUGCAAAGCUAUGCAAUGAGGAAAACCAAAGAGAAGGGGUUCAGCCUCAGUUUGCUGAUCAGAACAAGGAAAAGACACCAGCAGCAAAAACUCCCACAGAGACAGCUAAAAAAGGACAGAAAGCUGAGAAGAUCUCGGGAAAGAAGAGUAAGGUUCCUGUUCAGCUGGACAUCGGAAACAUGUUGGCUGUCCUUGAAAAGAAGCAGCAAUCUCAGAAAGCCAAGCAGGACGCCAAGCAAGUCAUCUCAGUUGGUGGAGGACUGCCCGUUGUCCAUAUGCAACCAUCAGUCCAGAAGAAGCCACCAUGGCAGCAGGAUAAAAUUGCUCACAAUCCCCUGGACUCCACCAGCCCUUUGGUGAAGAAAGGCAAGCAGAGAGAGGUGCCCAAAGCCAAGAAACCCACUCCUCUCAAGAAGGUCAUUUUGAAAGAAAGGGAGGAGAGGAAACAGAGACGUUUGCUGGAGGAGAGAGGCCUGCUGCCUGAAGAUGAGUCCAAACCUGCAAAUGAUGCCAUAGAGGAAGAGCAGUGUGGCGCAAAUCUCACAGAUGAGGAUGUCAGUCCUGUAGCGGGAGAUGAUGACCUGCCAGAAUUAAAUGACACAGACCAGAUGGUGACAGAGGGCGAUGGAGAGUCCAACAAAGACGAGCCCGUAGAGGAACAAACCACCUCAGCUGUGCCAUGCUCCACCGUAGAGGAACAAACCACCUCAGCUGUGCCAUGCUCCACUGUAGAGGAACAAACCACCUCAGCUGUGCCAUGCUCCACUGUAGAGGAACAAACCACCUCAGCUGUGCCAUGCUCCACCAAUCGACCCAAAAUCCACAGCAGAAAGUUCAGAGACUAUUGCAGCCAGAUGCUGAGCAAAGACGUGGAUGAGUGUGUGACGGCUCUGCUAAAGGAGCUGGUUCGUUUCCAGGACCGCCUCUACCAGAAGGACCCCAUGAAGGCCCGCAUGAAGAGACGGCUUGUGAUGGGCCUUCGAGAGGUCCUUAAGCACCUCAAACUCAGGAAGGUCAAGUGCGUCAUCAUCUCACCUAACUGUGAGCGCAUCCAGUCCAAAGGAGGCCUGGAUGAGGCUCUUCACACCAUCAUCGACACUUGUCGUGAACAGGGGGUGCCAUUCGUCUUCGCUCUCUCACGGAAAGCUUUGGGUCGCUGCGUCAACAAGGCGGUGCCUGUCAGCCUGGUGGGCAUCUUCAACUAUGAUGGUGCACAGGACUACUAUCAUAAGAUGAUUGAGUUGUCGUCUGAGGCCAGGAAAGCCUACGAGGUGAUGGUGUCGAGCCUGGAGCAGACCAACCAAUCAGAUACAGAGCAGGCAGCAAACAUUGAGAUAAACGAACUGAGCCUGUCUGAAGAGCCUGAUCCCAACACCACACAGCAAGAGGAGCCAGAAUACAUAAAAAUAUGGAAGAAAAUGUUGGAGAAGGAAUGCAACCAUACAUUUUUGAACUUUGAGAAGCAGCUGAGCUCUAUGCACUUGGACAGUGAAUGUUACGAAAACACUGAUGAAGAUGAGAACAGUUGACAGUGGCGAUGCCUUUUUUUUUUUCGUGCCUCAAUGAACCCACUCAUGCUGAUCACCAGCUUAGAAGAAACUAGGAUGGGCUGGAUCCCACAUGAGGACCAGAGCGUCACGAGGUCGCUCUGCUGAGAUGGUUUUCAACCCAGAGGGCCAGGACGCAGUCGGAUAAUUUGUUGAAUGUUAAAAAAAAAAAAGAACUGUGUUGCUAAUUUUUUCAAUGAAUCAUGAUUUUCUUAAUCUUACUCUGCAGAUUUUCUUUGAAAAGCUAAAUUAAGAUAUUUUUGUGUGUAAGAUAAUCGAGCAGAGCUGUGUAUUUUUAAGAGCGCAUGGACAGCCUAUAAACUGGAAAGCUUUACCGUUGACUUAAUAGGACCAAACCAGUCACUUGAAGAGAUCCCGCAAUAUGAAUUUUCAAUCAUGAUAUCUGUGAACAUGCCUGGAGGACUGAAUGUGCACAGAGUAUCAACCGGAUAUUCAGGAGUUGGAGAUUAUUGGUUUUGAUUUGACACUGUGGAAACCACUGUAGAUUUCUUCAGCCUCUCUUUUAGGUUUUUUUUUUCUUUCUCGUGAAUUAUGUUAAGUUUAAACGUGUUUUUCUGGCAUUUGAGAAAUGACAGGAAAUAAAGAGAAAGAGGAGGGAUGACAUUCAACAGUGGAACACGAACUGGUGGAUGUUGCAGGUACACGUUCAGCGUCUAAUAGGGGCAAAAAAUUACAACCACUAAGAUUUUGAGCUUGUGAAAUGAUGGUUGUGUUUCAUCCUUUUAUAAACCUGCUGGGAUGAAAUUCAAGUUUGUGGUUGUAGAAAUAAAUUUGAGAAACUCGUCACUUAAUGUUCCUACAGUGUGUUACGCUGGAGUUACAUGUGCACGUUAACACCCUGCUUUUAGCUCUAACUUCAGCCUCACACAGUGCUGCUGAAUUUCACGGUUUUCUGCUUUGAAUCUAUAUUCAGAUAUUAUCAAGAAUACUUGUUCUUUCUUAUCAUGUAACCCUAACACUGAUAUAAGUUGUGCACACAUUUUAUUUACACAUUCUUAGUUUUUUCCUACAAGUAUAUAUUUACACAGGUUUACAAGGGCGAUAAGCAACCACAUGAAAUUAUUUCUGAGUAUUGCUUCACAAGCUCAAAAUCUUGCUGACUUUUGAGUGUAAAUAAUUAAAACACCAGGAUCCCCGCAGGUUCAGUUUAGAGUUUAAAAAUUAAGCUAUGCCCUUUCUUUGCAUAUGAAAUGAAAUCCUUGUUUUCACAAGUUGAAACUUAAAAAAAAAAAAUCCUGAUUGCACUAAAUUGUAGAACCUGAGUGUUUGAUUUGUGCUCAACUGCCAAAGUACUACACACUGUAUGUAGUUCUAGAGAAAAAGCAGAAUAAUGUUAAGAAACAUUACCUGUGGUUAACCUGACCUGGUUUUCUGUUCAUACGAAGAUGAGAAACGAGCGGUGGAUUAACAUAAUGAUAGAUCUUAAAACAGAUUACAGAAAUAUUACAAGCAAAUUGACAAUCACGUGUUAAAUAAGCAAUAAACGAUGAAAUGUUAAAUGGGCAAAAUUAGUUCACACAAAUAAAAAUCAGAUUUCAGACAACAGAUUAAGAUUGUAAGGGAGAUAAUACUUCUAAUUAUGAACUAAAGUGAUCAUUUUCAAGGAGACUUGCUAAUAUAAACAUUUCAUGUAUGUGGGAUGGAGGUGUAAUGUCUCUGAUGUGCUGAGGAAUGUUAUUGGAAAUCAAAGUACGUGCUGAUAAAAGGAUCUUUGUCAAUCUUGCUGUCAUUGGAAAUCUUGCUGAAUUACGUUUUGGUACAAUUUUACAGGGUGGAGAAAGAGUAAAUUGAUUAUACAGUAUAAAAGUAUUUUUCUAUGGUAGACAUUUUGUCAUGUUACAACACGAAUAGCACAAGUGUAACUGAUAAUAUGAAUUAUGGCCGCUGGUAAUGUUAUUCCAGGAUCCGGAUGUUUGGGCUUUUAAAUGGAACUGAGUCAUCAUUAAUGUUAUUGGUUACAACUGUGGUUUUCUUGCUUUGAUGAGUCAAAUAUCCUUAAAUAAUAAAGGUCUGUACACAGUCUUCAGGUUCAUAUGAAUCUAAAAGCAAAAUAAAGCAAAAUCAGCUUUUUUUUUUUCA